AUGGCUAACAGACUGCUAUGGAAAACAGGACCUCUACACCAUCGCCUAUAUGCCUACAAAGAGGGCAUAGGCACACAAGAAUGCCUAGCAGAUGUCAUGUCCACAAUCAACGAAAGGAGAGCAAUUGUAGUUUUUCUGGACUUAGAAAAAGCUUAUGAGCUAGCCAGUGCAGCUGCCAUCCUUGAAGCCUUGGCUGACAAGGCGGUAAAGGGCAACCUUUUAGCAUGGGCCAAAGGAUACACGCAAAACAGACAGGCUAUAGUCACCUUCCAAGGAGCAAGCUCGGACUUUCUCAGUCUAGAGAAUGGAACACCUCAAGGAGGCAUACUCAGCCCCUUCCUUUUCAAUGUUUUAAUGGAAAAAUUAGCCACAACCACCCUACCCAAAGAGUUGAAAUAUUCAUUUAUGCAGAUGAAUGUCUGCCUAGUCAGCACAGACAGACACAGAUCUCACCAGAACAUGCAGAGUGCAAUAAUACAAAUUGAAAAUAAAUGCAAAGACCUAGGUCUAAAAAUCAACACUGCAAAGACAAAAGCAAUGGCCAUCAAACACAGUCUAGGACCCAAAUGA